AGUUCAAAGCCUAGGCACAGGCCAAUGUAGGCCAACCUGACUUCAUUGGCCUAUUAUACUUAUCAAGUUGUUUUCCUUUAUCUACCAGUUGCUAUAGAAACGAAUCGGGAAACCACAUCCAAGAGUUCAAGAAACUUUCAGUAUAAAACAACAAUCAAAAAUCAUAAUACAUUUUUUCCAAAUUGGAAUAAACAUUCUACUCAUUGAAAAGUAAUAAAUAAAGUAAUAAAUAAUAUAAUAAUGUCGUAUUUCUGGAAGGAGAGAUACAUUCGGUGCGGUAUGAGUAUGUUUACAAAUGUCUGCUGCCUGCAGCAACACUUGAGAGAGAAUCGUAACAAAUCGGUAUUUUCGACCAUGCCGCCGAAAAAAGCGGCCCCAGCUCCAGUGAAAGCGACUGGAUCGCGCACUUCAACGGUCUCAAAGCCCAAAGCAACUCCUGCUGCACGGGGUGGCAAGACAACUGCAACAAAAAAGCCUUCGAUAACCACAAAACCAGCAGGGAAAACUGAUAAACCUGCUGAACCAAAAAAGAAAGCAUGGACACCUCAAGAUGAAGCGGCUCGGAAAAUCCAGACAAAAGCACGUCAGUUUCUUGCGAAGAAAGAAAUUGAGAAAAAAAAGAAAGAGAAACAAGAUUAUGAGGAUCUUAUGGACAAGCUUGAAAAAGAGGCAUUCAUCCACAUGGUGAAAAUGCAACAAGAAGAAGCUGAAAGAAAAGCUCAGAAAGAAGACGAGGAAAGAAAAAGGAGACAGCAAGAAAUAAAAAGGAGGAAAAGAAUGCUUGAAGCGGCUUAUGAUGGCGAUCUGGAUAUCAUGAAAGAAGUCCUGAAAGAGGUUUCAGAUAUAGACACAAAGAAUGGAAUUGGAAAUGAUGUGAUUGGAAGAUCGUUGAGAACCAAACAUCUAAUGGCUGUCAUAGACUGUGAGGACGCUAAUGGGAACACUCCCCUCUCUGAAGCUGCAAAUGGUGGAAGUGCAGAGGCCAUCAGGUUUCUGUUGGAAAAGGGAGCAGAGCCAAACUCUCAGGGUCAGUUCUUGAGGACUCCUCUGUACCGCUCGGCUUUUAUUGGGAGCUUGGAGGCCACGCAGGUGCUUCUGGAGAAUGGAGCUGACCCCAGAAUAUGUGCCUCUGACAGUCAGACUCCUCUUGAGGUGGCUUCCACCGAGGGUGUGCGUCAGGUGUUAGAGAACUGGGACGUGUCUCAGACAGAAGUGCUGCAGAAGAAGAUUGAGGAGGCCAAGGAGAAACGAGCAGAGGAAGACAGACAGAGGAGAGACGCAGAGACAAGCAAAAUGGAAGAUGUUUUAGCCGAGGCAGAGAAAGAUUACCAGACGAAACAGAAACAGCUGAACCAUGCCUACUGUGAGCUGAACAAGAGAAUCACUGAGCACGACACGUGUGUGGGACAAGGGUUUGAUCGGCCGGAGCUCACACUGCAGACUAUACAUGAUCAAGAGCUUGAGGUGGAGACCUUGAAGAUUGACGUGGCCAAGGCGAGAGACAAUUUGGCAAAGGCCAGACUCAUGCUCCGAGAGUCGAUGGCCGCUGAAGAUGAAGAAGUUGAGGAUCAGUUGCCGGGCCUCAAGAUACUGGUCAAAGAUCUCGAUGAGGUUUUGUUCCGAGACGUUGGCAACAGGAUUAAAGAUUCAGGAAAAUGGCCUCUAUUGAUUGAUCCAUCCGGCCAGGCUUCCACUUUCCUUCGAUAUCGCGACACAAACUGUGUCAAUGCGCUUCGGCCAGCGGACAUGGAGAACAACAACGUGAGACGCAGCCUGCUGGGUGCUAUCAGAUUUGGCAAACCGUUUGUGGUGGACAUGAUGGAGGUAGACAUGUUUCAGACAUGUUGUGAUCGCUUUGAAGAGAUUCAACCUGGACUCAUGGCAGCCAUCUUGGACAAGUCCAUUUUGGAGGAGGAAAAGUACGUGAAGCUCAUCAAGAAAGAAGAUGGGCCCGAAUAUGAAAGGACAAAGUUCAACGACAUGAGGCUGGCAAAUUUCAAGUUUAUGUUGGUGACAAAAAAUCCAUUCCCGAGUGAGAAGUUGCUGAAUGACUUGUACGUGAUCAGAAUUUCUCUUCCAGAUUAAUUCACAACAUGAGUUUAUUUUCUGGCGCGAAAGUUGCUCAUUCCAACGCGCACACAUUGUGUGCUGUGUGUAGUAAAUAUCUCUCUUUGGUGAUGAACUUUUUUUCUCCAUGAUUAAAUUUGAAACUUGAGAAAAUGUCAAAUACUAAUUGCAAUAAUUUCUUUUUGGGGGGAAUUUGAACACAACGGAUGCUUUUUCAGAAAAGGCUCAUAUACAAACGAAUUGAAAAAAACGCACCACAUGAAUGAAGUCUUGUGUUUAGAUCAUCAUCAUUGAAUACGACCAUUGUUGUCUGUGAGUCAUUCGAAAUGAUUUCUAUACAUUGUCAAACUGUUUUAUUGAUAAAUAAUUAUUGUGUAAAUGAUUUGUUCAUCAAGCAGUACACAUGCAUCAAUUAAUUUAGGCUCAAAAUUUCUGCGUUGGAUUUGUUCUUUACAUUUGCAAUAUAAUGUCAAAUUCCUGAAAGGCCAAAUAUUACAGGGCAUGCUUACAUUCUUUGAAUGUGUUGACGUCAUCAGCAUCAUGUUCUAAUCUUUGAGUAGCUCCUUAUGUUUUUAACACUUUUUUUCUUUAUUAUGUUACUGCUGUAAGAGCCUGUGAUAUUGGAGCUGUUUUACUAUGAUAAUUUGCUAUUCUUGAAAAUGUCAUAUUACAUCCCAGCAAUAUUUCCAACCUGUAUUCAUCCCGUCCACAAUUUAUUUACAGAAAUGUGUGUGUGUGUGUAUCUUUACACAAAAGAUUACCAAAGAUAUUAUAUAAUAGUUAUGAUAAUUGAUAAUAAUUGCAUUUAUAUAGCAUAUAUCCUCACUCUACAGCAAGCUCUAUGUGCUUUACAAUUAUUAUUACCCCAGCAGACCCAAGCACACUUAAAAACAUUCUCGGCUUCUUGAGAAGCAUACAGUGCAAGCUGGAGAUUACACGUGCUGAGACACUAACAAACUGACAAGAUAUUUUGCUGUCCAUGGUAUUAUAAGUGGUUGAAAAUACAGAGGAUACAAAAUCUG